AUGGCUUGCCUCGUCCACAACUUCUAUUCCAUCAUUAUCAACUUUCCGUGUCAAGCAAAAGAUACUCUCGACCAUGGAGACAACUCCCAUGGCGGGCAACUCUAUGCCAUCCCAGGCUCAGCUGGCCCUUGCAAUGGCUAUCGUCAAACAGAAGCCGACAGGCAUGAAUGUUCAAGGUUAAUAGGCCUCCUGUCCCUUUUCUGUACAAAUCAAGCUAACCAAGUCCUAGACUAUGUGCUGCAGAUCCGAAAGAACAUCAAAAAUGCAGAAAGUUGCGGUAGGGACUAUUUGGAAGAUCGGUUCUUCGACAGCGUUUCCUUCUGGCAGCACGCCUACAAGAAAUCUGAAGCAGAGCAGAGCCGAUUGAUGGAUAGAAUUUAUGAACUGGAGCAGCGUAAUGAGGUCCUUAUUACGAAACUGCAAUCACAGAACUCUUUAUCUCAAGAGGUUACGCAAGUAUCGGUGAAGAGGAAGGCAAACGGGUGUCUGAAUGCAAGAAAAAGAGCAAAGACACAGGUGAACUUUCAGAGUCAGGCUUUCGGUAUGGUUUUUGAAUCUAGCAAACUGGUCGAGCAACCUGAAUACAUGGAAGAAGGUCAGUCGAGAGUGUCAACGUUAUCGUCUAUUCUGACUCACUGGAGUAUCUUAACAGCUUCUGCAUCAUUCAUGCGGCACUUCUACGCUCUUCAGCGAGCCAUUCAACGCAGGCCGAGUCGCUCGACUAUUGUACAAUCUUCCGCGGAUCUAUGCGAAGUAGCUGUGCAUGAAGUGCUCACAGCUGUCUGUUGGAGAGGACAUACCACUCGACCUAGCAAGAAGCCCGUCCUCCAGGCAAAGCGACCUCACUUAGAGCAGGUUCUGCACAGCAUCAAAUGCGCUUUUCAGCUUAUAUUAAAGGCACUGGAAAAGCUCGCGGAGACUGAAAAUGACCUUCACGGCAAAGGUCAGCUUGCUUAUCAUCUCAUUAAAUUGUAUCAAGCUAUAGCCACGGCUCUGGAGCAAUAUUGUAUCAGCAAGUCCGGACAGAUUUCAGCAAGCGCCGGUUCCUCCAAGACCCCAAAGAACAAGCCGUCUAGAAAGUCGACAAGCGCAAAGCCCUGUCAGGGACUGGAAAAUCCUACGACCACGCCUGUCGACGAAGUAGCGAGCCAGAUCAGUCGGCUAUUGGGCUCUAUUGCAAUUUCUUUGAACCUUUCAUAUGCAGUUCAUCGAACUCUUCUCGAGGGACUUCUGUGCAUUCUUCUCACACGCGUAGGAACUUUACUGUGCAUAUUUGUCUUCCAAGAUUUACAAAUUCGACCUGAUCUUCAUGUGAAUCAGACAAAAUUGCCUCUUCCCCAAGGCUUGCAGGGUGUCAAGCUGGAUGACCUGUCAUUGCAUGCUAUGCAGAUGGAGGCAAAGCACCUUAUUUGGCCUCUGGAGAGGAGCCUAACCUUAUUAGAUACUUGUACAUCCUCGUCUUCAACAUUGGGACCUCAGGAUGCCCCUGAAACAAUGGCAUGGUUGGCCAAGGUGAAGCAGCAGCUACAAGGAACUCUGCUUCAGGCUUUGUUCGGAUCAGACCAUUCUGUGUUUCCACAUGCGCUACAGCAGCCUGAACCACCCGAUACACAUGAGCUUGAAAGAUUACAGAACUGUACUCAAAUUCCCGAGCAAUCCGUUCCUGACUGGUUUACGCAAGAGAUAUGGAGGCUACUGGGAUGGGACUUGCUAGCACCACAGGACACAUCUUAG